CGUAUUGUUUGGUACAAUUUAUAUUCAUGAUAUCAGUUUCUCGUAUUUUAAAAACAUUUUGAUCAAGCUUCAUUAUAUAAAGAUGCUGAAACAGGUUUCGUUAAAUUCGUCAGACAUGUUUGAGAAAGAUAAUGUCUGUCUUCAUGAAGGGCAACCUAUUUCUUUAAUAUACAGGAUUUAUCAAGCGUUCGUGACAUAGAUCAUUUGGGUAAGACCUCAAAUUAUAAGUUAUCAAAUUUCACACAAUUUCCUGUUCCAGACAUUCCAUUCAUAACCAAUACGCACAAUUCUGAGCUGUGAUUGGUUAAUACAUGAAACCAUUGCGAGACCUUCGGUAACAUUAGUAACACGGAAUAUCGACGAAUACUUUAUUUCAUUGUAAAUAAUAAAUAUUAGUAAUUUCAAUAUAUUUUACUUCUUUAUUUAAUCACGUUUUAACUAUGGAUAAAAAAUCUAAUAUGAGUAGUUCUGACGAAGACGACGAAGGAUUGGAUCCACGGAUACAGGGGCAACUGGACAGACUGAAUGGUUUCUGUACAGGAGUUAAUCAUUUGGAGAUGGAAUUAAAUGAAGCUCAACAACUUUACAGACAAGUAUUUUCAUCAGCUAGUGAGCAAUUGAAGCAUAAACAUAAAAAACUGGGAAAGUGUGUGGACCGAGCAAGACCAUUCUAUCUUGCAAAUCGAGAUGCUCGACAGGCAUUUAAACAGCAACAGGAAGCAGCAGGUAAUUUUGAAAGAGCAAAUGAAAAAUACAAUUCAGCCAAAGGAAAAGUGGCUGACUUGGAGAGAAUUAUGAUGAAUAAGAGUCGCGCUUUUGAUGGUGCCUUGCAGGAGCUACUUAAUCAUGCUACUGUGGAGGUUAUGGAAGCUGCCAAAUUAAAACGUCAAAGUAGUGAUUCACACCAGCAAGCAUCAUUAACCUUCCAAGCAGCUCAAAAGAAAGUAAAGGAGUUGAACAAAAAUUUAAAGGGGGCUAUAUUGAAGUCAAGGGGGUAUUUCGAACUGACUGCAGCUUUAAAUAGACAGUUAGAUCAAUACAAGCAAAGAAUUUUCUCUGUGGAAAAUGGCCUACGCAUGGCAAAACAGGAAUAUGCCGCUGCUCUCCAUGCACUUGAACAGAUUAGUGACGAUAUUCAUCAGCGGAGGAAGCAAAAUAAACUAAACGAGGCUUUGGCGUCAAUGCCCCGGGAGGAAGGUGUCGGGGCCGAAUCAGAUGACGAGAAGAAACAGGUCGAAACGGAAAAUCGUUACCAUGGCGACCUCCUAUUAGGCGAAACCGUGGAUGGGUUGGACAGGGAUGGAAAAUCAGACUUUCUUUCAAAACGCAUUCUUAGUGAUGGUGACGAAGAAAUUGAUUCUGAUAAUGACGAUGCCACAGAUAGAAUUAACGCCAGGGGGGAGAGGCCCUCUGUCACCGGCAGCGAGGGAAAUAGUAGAGAAGAUGGAGUUUUCUCAGAUAUUGACCUAUCUUGAUAUCGAUUAUGUUCUCAGUUGGAAGACAAAGAAGCUCACGCGUAUAGACUAUAGUAGCUGAUAUCAUAUUUCAUCGAUGUUUGAAAAACAGAAAACGCAAAGCAUCGCUUUAAAAUGAAUAAUUAGGGUUUUUAGUUCAUACUCAGUCAUACCAGAAUAUUAGCACUGAGAAUUUGGUAGUGACACCUUGCAAUAGAAUCGUACAAUUUUCAUGUAUGCCAAUGCGGCUUUGUAACCGCGACGAGCAUUCAAAGUGAUAUUGCGAGUAGUUUUGCUAUUUCUAAUAAUUCUUCGACCUUAAUUUGACAUCAGAGUUCUAUUGUGACAUUAUUUUGUAACUUAUUUUUAAGUUAUUUGUAUAUAAUUAUAUUAUAUUAGUUGUAAACGACGCCUCACGGCUAAUAAAUAUUUUGAAACGCCUGCAAUGAACCCCAUCAUAUAUAAGCACACUGAUUGUUGGGGUGCAACAAUAGAUUUAUCUUUUUAAAAGACUGCGAUAUUAGAACUAUUAAUAUUUUCGUCAUUCAAAUCAUCUCGUAUACUCUCAGUGAUUUAACAGAGACAUUUAAGUAAUCAUAUUGUACAUAUAAAUUUGU